GACUCGCAGGAAAAAACCGUUGGAGAAACAGGAAGUUACCUUUUAAUUACCUGGCCAUUGAAAGUGAUGGGCAGUGUUUGACAUUCACAGUGGGAGUCCCACUGUGACUGAAAGUUACAGAGGAUUAUUGUACAUUAAGGUAAAAAGAGAAGAAUUUUUACAUUUGUGUAAAGAAAUGUAAACAAUUAGUUGAUGAAUCUCUUAGCUUAUCAGCAUGCACUUACUGUUUUCCUAAUCAGUAUGCCAUCUCAAUUUUUAUAAUCUCCUUAAAGUAAGAAUUAAAUAUCUUUAGGUUUAGACUCCCAAUCAGUCUAAAUAAGCAGAAAUUGUUAAACAUCAGUAUUGCUUUUAAUAACGGUAAGAUUUCAUAGACCGUAUAGUUAACAGUAGCUGUAGGCAAAAAAAAAAGGUGGAAAAAACUGCCGUGACCUUUCACUGAUUACUCUUCUGUAGCUGCUCAGUAGUGCAAGGGUGGCAAGUAGAGGUUACUGUAUAGUAAAGUUUAAGCAUAAGGGCCUCUGUUUACACAUUUGCCUAAUAGGUGAAAGAUCCCCUGUUUGAUCCCAGGAGGACACAAAUGCCUUUUGGGGCUAUGUCAGAAAGGACAAAAACCCCCAAAAAACGCCAAAUCAAACAUGCAGAACUACUUGGUGUGGAGACCCUUUGGGAAUAAGUGAGCAUCUGAAAGUAGCUUUUAGAGCAUCAUGGUCAUUGGAAAGUGCAUUUCUAUGUUUUAAAUCCAGAAUCCCUCUUACUUCAUAGCAAAAUUGCUUUGCAAAUGGAUCAUAAAUCCUGAAAAAUGCCUGUUUAGUCAAAUAUUUUAAAUAUACUGGUCACCACUUCUGUAUAGUGGAACUACUUAUAAUGCAGUAUGCAUGCACUUCAAAAAGGUAAUAUUUAUGUCAAAAAGGUUCUAGAAGGGUGGCGUUAAGUCCCGACUUACAGGAAAACCACACGGCACAAAAUACCACUGUAAUGGCUUGUUGGUCUUUAUUGUUGUAUUUUUCCUGCCUCAAAUGUAAUGACUUGUUGUUUUUCUCUUCGUCAGGUGUAAAUCAUAUGUUUAGCAUUUGAACUGCACUCUAUUUGUGAUUUUUCUGUCUUUUUGUUAUAAAGCCUGACAUUUUAUUGACAGUCUUUCAGCAUCUAAACGAUGAUUAGUCACUGCAGAAAAGAGAAAAAGGGCUAAAUUAUGGUUUUAUAUUUUUUGAAGGCCAGCCCUUAAUGUUUUAAUGGAUUUGUGUUGUUUAAUGAUAAAUGGUUUGGGGUUUGCUUACUGAAUGAUUCAGAAGGUGUUUUGUGGUCUAAUAUUUAUCACAAUUAUAUGUGGUACAUAUUCAUAGCACCUUUCAGCUGUUAAUUACAGUUUCUAAAGGCUUUUUAUUCCCUUUUUUUAUUCAGUUAUUCUUCUUGGGGAAUCUAAUAUCGGUUUUAUUUAUUUGAGUUGUCUGAAAAAGUUGCAGCUUUGCUUGGGAACAUUACCUUUUGGCAUGAUAACCGGGGUGUUUGUUGGGGCACUGAGGUGUCUGCCUGUGGAAAGGUAGGUUGUCUACAAACCAAAAUAGCUUUGUCACAGUUUUCUCUCUGUGUUCCAGUUUCCAGUAUGAGGGGAAAGAAUAAGGAGAUUGGGGGGGUGUGACAGAAAGGGAGAGUUGGAUUCAGAAGUUUGAUGGAGAGUGGAGGAGGGGAUCUCCAGACUCAUUUGUUUGUUCCCUCAUGUGGACCCUCCCUGGGGAAAACUGAAGCUCUCUCUUCUUUACUUCUUUCUGCCCAUGUUCUUCUCUGAGUCAGAGCUGUUGCUCCUAACACCUCUGAGUCUCGGAUGAGGGCUGGGAUAAUACAACUUUUUGCCAGUUCCAACACUUCACCUGGUGUUGGAAUAUUUUUAGACUCACCUCUGUGGUUGUGGAUGUGUGUUUAUGGUGUGGCGCUAACAAAGGAGGACUUAGAGUAGGCUCUUUCAGUUUGUCUCAAAGCAGGUUUGUGUGACGUUGCAGUUUUAAAAGGCAUGGCUAAUAAACUGCAUAUACUGUAUCUUUACAAACGGCCUCUAUAAAAAGGCUUUUAUACUGUUUGAGUCUCUAAUUGCCAAUCUCAGAUGCAGUCAGACGAAAGGUUGCCACGCAUGCCAGAGAAUGCUGCUGAAAUUUAUCUACAGUUUACUGCUGUACAUGUAAUAAAAUAUGCUGCUGUGAUUGGAGCAGCCUACCUGAGUGGAGUUUUUCAGAGCAGACUGCAGACUUUCCUUCACAUUUUAUGUGCAGCAUAUAGUCUGAUCCUGUAGACUGAAUCCUCAGCAUUUCUUUGUGAAUGUAUUGAUCUCUCUUUAUUGAUUUUUGUUCCUUAUUUCACCACAGAAAUGAAGAUGUGUGAAAGUCUGAGAACUUUUUCGUUUUAAGGGCAGGUUCAAAGUUAUUAAAAUGAUGGGGUUUUAAUAAUGUCCUGUCUCUUAAUAAAUCUCCUUUUUGCAUGAAUAUAAGGGACAAAGCAUUUAGAAGCUAUUUAAUGUAGUAGCAAAACUCUAGUCUGUCUUUUGUGGCAAAAAGUUGACAUUGGAGGGUCAUAAGCACAGACUGUAUGUAAAAGAUAGACACAGCCAUACCAUAACUCAUUUGCUUCUAGAAUUUAAGGCCUCACUGUCAGUGUGUUUUGACUAAUGCUAUGUUUUUGGAUGGGCUUUUAGAGCCAGAAGUGAGCAUAUUUGGAUGAGAUUGUGGCGUUUCAAACCAACAGCUAACACUGCCAUGCUUGGUUAGCAAGCUGUGUUCAUAAACUGUAGGGAUGCUUAUUGGUGCUAAGUAACAAACUGAUUAAACAGAAAACUAGAAUUUCACUCACUUGAAGUAAAGCCCAAAUGUCUUGGAUGGUUUGUAACGCAUAGCAAGGCAUAAUAUCAGUCAGAUAAUUUAACUAAAAAUUAUGCAAAAGGCGCCAACAGCACGGACACUGCUGAGAUCCAGUUCAGUGGAAUGGACUGAGGUGAAGUCAAGCAAAUGGCUACACCUGUAAAUCAAAGUGGCCCCUUACCCAUUUGUACAGUUGUUCUGAAGUGGGAAACCAGCCAUAGAUGUCAUUACCGGGCUAUAAACAUAUUUUUAAAGUUGGAGAUUUUAACAUGGUCAUUGGAAGAACUGCAGUUUUUUGGCAUUUACAGAUUGGCUUCACUUCUCAGCUCCAAGGUUGCUGCUCAGUGUCAGCUACUCCAUGAUUUAUAGUACCUGGUUAAACUCUUACUACGCAUUUCAACAAUGCAAACUUUGUGCUAAUCUGUAUACUGUGGUGUACUGACUAGCACAAGCACAUGGGUGUGUUGGAUAUAAUUACAGCAUAUUAAUAUUUUGUUUAAGAGAGUUGUUAUCCUUGUGCUAAUCGGUAUACAGUAGCCAAGUAUAUCUCUAUAAAACAAAAUGUUAAUACACUCAAAAUACAUUUAUGUAAAUAAAUUCCACCAGUGUAGUCAUGAAGAUUUUAUCAUUUUUGUAGCUCUAAUGGUCUGUAUAUACGUUAUAUAUUAAGUUAUAAAUUAAACUUAAUGCAGAUCACAUGGGCCGUCCAGACUAUAAAAGCUGAUUGGCCAGCUUUUAUAGGCGCCUGCAACCUCCACGUACAAACUUUUACUCUGUUUGCAUGUUCACACUGAGGCUCCACUCAAGGAGUGGGUUGUAAAGCACCAAAGCAGGCUUACUGACUGCACUCUUUGAAAGCAGAGCACCUGUUUUAUGUCCAGUAUGGAGUGAACUCUACACACUUCUAAGUUCUAUGUUGUCUCCGUAGUAGACAAUAUUGAACUGCUCUUUGUGGCUUUUAAGUCUUCAUAUUUCUGGUAUUAUUUUGUUUUUUUCUCGUUAGAAAUUAUAAUAACAAAAAAUCUACAAAACGGAAGGAGCAAAGAUGUUUAGCAUUUUGCAAAUGCUGGUUUUAAUGCCUGAAUGAAACUGAAGUAGAUUGGGAGCAUUUUCCAAAGAGAUGGUUAUGAUCCAGUCUUUCCCUGGACAUAGACUUUACUUGGGAGGACAGCCCAGGUAUUUUAAUGGCCACCCAAGUAUAUUUGGGAAAUCAUUUUAGCGUACAUAUUUUUAUUUUUUUCAUCCUUCUGAUGCCAUUGCUGUGUUUUACUGAUGGAGAGUCCCCCCCCACAUUUAUUUUGAAAGUGUAGUCUCUACAAAUCAGCUAGCACUGGCCCUUCCCUACCGGUAACAAAAACUUGCUGAUUGGAAGUUCCUGUUUCCCUCGGAGAAAGGUCACGGCACCUAAAGCUCCCUAUUGUAUUUGCACCUUUCCCCCUUCAGCAGCUGCAUGUGUGACUCCACAGAGUUAAACUUGCCACAGAUUAGAAACUACCCUCUUGUGUUUGCACCUUUAACACCUUUAUUCUAAAAACUUGGUGCAUUUUUUUUUUUUUUAGAAUAACGUGAAUUCCCAUUGACUGAACCAAAUUCUCAGCCCUAAGCCAGUUUAUUGAAUCAGUCACCCCUGACAGACUUUGCAGAGCCAAUUUAACCUUCUUGCGAAACUCUAAACACAUUUUCACUCACUAAAGAACAAUUUUGCACAGUAAUUCACUUGUAAAGCUUUAUGCCAACCACUGGCAGUAGAAGGUAAACACAGCUACAGCACAGGUGUCAUUUAUUAAACACAACAGCUCAAAAUUGUUCACACUUGUUACUAAUGGUGUAAUUUAACCAAAAAUAUCCCAGUGAGAGUGCUGUACAGCCAGCUAGGAUGAGUUUGAAGGUUGAUGCCAGCUGUGGAUGGAAGCAAUCUCAGAGGGAGAGGAGGAAGACGAGGAAGGUCGAGAUCAGUAAUUUCAGUUGAAAUUUGAGCCACUAUGAUUUACUUAGAAGUGUUCACUGUUGCUUUUUAUUUAGCCAGUAUAAUAUUUUCUUGACAUUUGCAGUCAUUUGACAAAGUGUGAUGAGAAAGUGACCUCUUUCAAACGAGAUAUACGCUCACCAGACACUUUACUAGGUACACCUUGCUGGUAGUAGUUUGGAUCGCCUUUUGCUUCAGAACGGCCUUAAUUCUUAAUGGCACAGAGUCAGCAAGGUGCUGGAAACAUUCCUCAGAGAUUCUUGGCCAUAUUGACAUGAUAACAUUGCACAGUUGCUGCAGACUUGUAAGCUACAUAACCCAGUUGCGACUCUUCUGUUCCAUCAUAUCCCAAAGGUGCUCUAUUGGAAUGAAAUCUGUUGACUGUGGAGGUCAUCUGAGUUCAGUGAACUUAUUGCCAUGUUCAAGAAACUACUUUAAGAUGAUUUGAGCUUGAUGACGAGGCGCUUUAUCCUGUCAUCAGAACGAUGCUCACUUGGGACAAAUAUCCCCCGCAACAUUACUGUUUGAAAAUCUGGUUUUAUGUUGUUAGUUUAGAUGUUAGAUGUUGGUGUUAGAAAUGUGUUUUAGCAAAAACUAUAAAGUUAAGUGCCUUUAAGUAACUCUCCUGCUGAGGGUCCCUACUUCCUCUGAAAAUGAAUGAAUAAAAACCAAAGGAUUAUUUUAAAGUGGGUCCCAGAUUAUGUCAUUAUCAUCUCUUGGUGAGGGGUAUCUUUUACAAUUAAGAGUAUAUGGUCAAUGUUCCUAAAAUAAAUUGAUCAGAUCUUUCCUACCUAGAGAGCUUCAUUAAGUGUUGUAGUGAAAAGUGUGUACUUUAUAAUGGUUUGACUUUUAUUUUGUAAUAUUUUGAUCCACAUAACUUUAUACUGAAUUAUUACAUUUUAAAAAGUGCUGCAAUGGCAGAUUCUCUCUAUGCUGCUUCUCCGGUGCUCCAUCUAUACAAGUAACCCUAUAAAACUGUCAGCACUGAAAGCUAGAGGAUAAAAUCCUGAUGCCUCUGUGUGACAGCAGAUUUCCUAAGACUGCUACUGUUGCCUGCCGCAAUGAAAAAUGUCUGAUGCGGAAGAAAUAUUACUCUACAUCUCGUCUUGCAACCUGUGGCUUUUGAGUGAUGAGACAUCAGAAAAUGGGUGGUUGCAGACUCGACACGACCCCACACUGACCACUGCUCAUGUUUGGUCUCCUCCUCAGCUGGAGUGCCACACAUUCCUGCUGCUGGAGGAGUGACUGGCUGACCGAGGGGCAUUAAAACCUUCAAAGCCUUUCCCAGACAAAAACAGUCUGCUCACAUUCACAAUCAGCUGACACAGUGGACACUGGGGGUGGUUUUAAUAUUACUUGCAUUCCGUGCAGUGUUUUUGUGUGUGCAUGUGUGUGCGCACAUGGGCCUAAGUGGAUGCCUUGACUGGGUGCUGGGCCUCAACAACAUUGUAUUAGUGAUUUCUAAACAAGAGUUGCAUGCAUUUAAUUUGUUAAUGUAUCAUAUUAGCUUGCUAUUUCAAUUCAGCUGUUUUUACACGUCAGAAAAUGCCUCAGUACUCUAUAUCAUCUGAUAUCACAUGAGAUAUCAUGUAGUAAUAUAAAGGUAUUUGGCACAUUUAAUCUACAAGGAAAAUGGCAAAUUCUGCCCAUCCACAGAAUAUUUGUAAACCAUAAUAUAUUAAGUAUAUUAUGUCCAUCAGCCCCUCUUUAUAGUUGUCACAAACCCUUCCACUACCAUUAGCUGUUAUUGUCCAUUUAUCUUCAAUUAGGGAAGUGGGAGCAUGUGGAAGAUUGUAAAAGCUAUAGCAGGACUGGAGGCUUUAAGAUGCUAAGAAGGGGUCCUGGUCUUCCUGUCAGCCCUAUGACCCCCCUCCUCCCCUUUUCUUUUCUCUUCCCCCUUCUAAUGUUUGAGGCCCCCAGUCACUGUGACAACAAAAGGGAAACUAGGACUGCAUGAACAUGACGGGGGCUUUAAAAACACUUUGAGACCCCAUGUGCUUCGCCUAGAAGAGCGCCUGCAUAGUUUUAGUUAUCUUGAGGGAUUAGAGCUCAUUCUGGGGAGACUGAGGGCAACAAAUGGACUCAGUGAUCAGGAAUAAAGACCUGUGGAAACCAAACGUGAGGAGGAGACUGAACUAGAAUGUCUUGCCUAGUUGUUGCAUAAAUAUUCAAACUUUUUAUUGCAAAAGAAGUAUUAAAAAAGGUUUAGGUUUAGUAUAUAAACAGUUUGCAGUUGGGAGAUCUCAAGUAUGAGCACAUCGUCAUCAAUCUGUGGCAGUUUAACAUUCUUGGGUACUUUUACAUAAAGUAAAGCUUUCCCUUGGGUAUAGGUUGGACAAACAAUAGAUGUUGUGCAAAAAACUGGCAUUAUUUCUCAUGACCAUCAGGGGGCGACUCCUUCAGCUGCAGAAAUUUGUUAGACUGUGUAGAAAUCUGAGGAAGAAUAUCAAGUUUCUCGAUUAAUCUGUGAUUUUUAGGGUUUCAAUCAGUAAUUUAAUGUCUCAUUUAAUACAACAUGAUGUUCACUUUUAAAAAUUAUGAUGCCAUCUACAGAAACAUAAACAAACAAAUAAAGUAGGGUAUGGUUUAGAGUGCUGCUACCUUGUGAUCAUAGCAUGAUGAAGGUAAAUGUUAAAGCAGCACUAGAGAGAAGUGUUUCUCUGCCCUGAAGGAUUAAUGUAUUAAAUGCACAUUCUUCAUGACUAUCUUAUACAAAAAGAUUUAUUGAACCACAAAACACUGGCAGCCUUUUUAAGUUAACGAUUUUUCUCAUACAACUUAUUUAUUAUGAAAAUGCUUGGUAUAAGAGGAACAAAGAUUGCUAUGAAUUGUGAGUCAUGUAAAGCAACGAGUCGAUAUGGAGCUUGAAAUAAUCAUAUGUCCCCUUUUAAAGUUUUCACAGCAAAAAAGAUUUUAAAUUUGUGAUGCAGCCGGGUGAGUUCACUAACUGGUGCUUUUUAAAUCAGCCUGGAGGAAUUUUCUCAUUGAAAUAAGCUGUAGAGUUUGCUGGAGAUAAUCUUCUGGGGUUUCUUUAAUCUCAGUAUUAAGAAAGGCAAUUUUAGGUUUGAGGCUUUCUUUUUCUAAUAGCAGUUACUCAGUCAUUCUCAUUCCAUGCUAUUCACAUGGGAUUAUUUGUAAUAAAUAUUGUCAUGGAUGAAUUAGUUUUAUCAGUGUAUAGAGAAAUCACAUGAGAUUAAUCCUCCUGGCUCUGCCUCUGGGGACCGUUAAGUCUGAUCCGCAACACCACAUGUUGCUCCGGCUGCUAUUCAUUUACUUUUCCUUCAUGCUGACACUGAUUGAAUUUUUUUUUUUUUUGUUUAAUGGAGUUUCAAUUUGAAAGUCCAUUAACUGACUAACCAAAGAUGAUCAAUGGACAGAUCCCAGUUGCCCAUAAGCUAAUGGAUUUUUGACUUUCUAAUAGCAGCAGAGUGAUGUAAUGUAAUCAAUACUUUUCUUUUUAAAGCUGUACCACCUUUAAAAGUUUGCUAUGUGAGAGUACCAAGACACACUAAACAUAUUAACAGACAUUGGACUAAAAUGUUCUCUCAUUUCUUUGCAUUUUCACUGUCUACUGAACAUACUAACAUACAAUAGCACCAGGCUUGUCCUAGUCACUUCAUAAUGAGCCUAAGAAGGGAUCAGCCAGGUUUCCACGGUGCUGAUUAACAUGUGGUAAUCACAGUUGAAUCACAGCAAAAGCCUUAAGAAACCUGUGAACUUGGUAGGUUGGAAAAUGACUUGGCACAGCCGUUUGGCUAGAAACUCUGCAAGCCUACUUCACAAUAAGUGUCAACGUUAAAGGUCAAAAGGUUGGUCGAGAGGGUUAUAGUUAGUUUAUGCAGCCAUCCAAUUAUCCAAAAGGGGUCGGAUACAGCAGCUUAUCCCAGCUGCUAUGGGCUAGUGCUUCACCCAUGACAGGUCACCAGUCUUAUCAUGGGGCUAUCACUCAGCCAAUUUACAAUCACCAGAUAACUUAACAUGCAUGUCUGUGGACUGUGGGAGAACCAACACAGGCAGAGAGAGAACAUGCUAACGCCACACAGAAACCCUUCUUGCUGUGAAGUGACGGUGCUAACCACUACUGUACUACUGUGCAUUCUGUUUUAAGUUUUUUUUAUUUUAUUAUAAUUUUCUUUAGCUUUUUUAAUAUUUAUUCCUAUUUUUCUCCCAGACCAAGUACAAAAACACUGACCCUCUGAUGGAGGUAACACUAACCCUAUAUUGUUAACCUGGAAGAACAAUUUAAUAAGAACAAAAAUGGUUACGAUCUUAGAGAGUUCAUCUUAUAAGAAAAAAAAAUACAAAAUGCCUUGUAAUAGAUUUAGAACUGAUUUCCAUGAUCACCGCCUGGGCGGGUAAUAAUAAUUAAUCAGCUAUAAAAUAUCAAAAUAUUUGAGAUACAAGUAGAUCAAUUUGAUCAAAUUAUAAAAAAGCAAAACACUUUUUUUUUCUUUUUUUUUUUUUAAACAUGGCAGGUGUCAUGAUGUGUGGUUUGGAGAGAGGCCAGAUGCAGGGCUCCUCCUUUAUUUGACUUCUCUGGAAACCAUCAGGAAGAGCAGAAGUUAAACUAGGAAAACAUGACACGCACAAGGGAGCAUCAAGGAACAAAAACAGCACAGAGCUAGACAGACAAACACUAGGGAGGAAACAGGAUAUAUGCUACAGACUCACAGGUGGGUUUUUUUUUUAUUUUUUAAACUGGGGUUUUCUACUUUUAUUUUGAAAUAUAUAUAUUUCUCACGAAAAUGCAAAAAACUGAUGUGGAAACAUUGGCUAUUAAUAAGCUCGCAAACAAUAACACAGAACCAUGUUUGUGAUGUCAGAAAUGGAGAUAAAAGUAUCCUCCUUUUCCUUUUCCACAUAGCUACAUGCAAUUCAACUUCUGAACAUCUCCCUAUUUGGUGUGAGCUUUAAAAAAAGAAGAAAAAAAGUUUUGAGUGACUUAAAACACCGUUUACAUGUGGUCGAAAGGCCUGAGGCCUUACUAGGGAUUAGAAAACAGGUGGGAAAAGAGACAUGGGUGCAUGUAAACAACACAGGUGGAGACAGACAGGGAGGGAGGAAACACACACACACUAAACCACACACAGAAACAAAGGACACUGUGAAGGUUAGAAUAUAAAAUCAUAACAAGAGUCACAGCAAUAUCACAGAAAACCCUAUAAUGGUAAAUCAUUACAACACCCUUGGACCGCAACGGCUGAUUACCAAAAACAUGUGAGUGACGUAGUGAAAACUGAAUUCCUGGCAUACUUUAAAUGACUUCUCUGAAACUUAAGGUGACGACACACCCACAGGUUGGAUAUCCUGACAGUCUGACUCACUGUGAUGAUGUUUUUAGUCUACAAGAGGCUCCGUUGUUGGUUUUUGUACACCAUGAUCUCAUCAUCAGGCGUCCUGUUGUCCAUUGUUCUUCACGCUCGACUGCUGGGCAGCGCCGGGAAUAAACUGUUGAUAUCAUAGUCUGUUGUGCCUGCUGUUAUAAUGUCAACAUUUACCACCAGACGUUUGAAGGAGUGAAAAACACGAGUGACCUCUCUGAGCUGCCACCAUGGCCCUGGUUCAGCCUCUACCUGUAUCUGCUGAGCCCCACACCCCAGGCCUGAGUGGAGGAGCUCGCAGACGACACCCUUCUGCCCCUUCCCCCCCCAUCAACGCGCCACUGGCCACUCUGGAUCCUAUGGGUUCUGUCGGUAGCCUCAUCACCACCCACCCUGGUCUCUACCAGGACCAUCGCCCAAUUGUUGAGCUGGGAGCCAGAGUUCGACGGCCCACACCAGGAGUUUCCCGCGUGGACUCCGAGUCGCCCCAACAGGAUCUGUUACUGCAAAGCAUUCCCCCAGUCAAGAAACAGAACUCCACGACGUCCAGCAGAGGGCUGGAGAAGGAGACUGGGAACGGGAACUACACAUAUCUGAAUGAGGACUACAUAGGUAACUGGAAUGACAGUCAUGUGACACCUGGCAGCCCAGGAAGUGAAGUAGACGAGAUUAAAGAAGGAUUAAAUGGAAAUAUUGGAGGACCUCCUCCUAAACUGAUCCCAGUGUCAGGAAAACUUGAGAAGAAUAUGGAGAAAACAGUGCUGCGGCCCACUGCCUUCAAACCCGUCAUUCCCAAGAGCCGCUCCUCGAUGCAGUAUCUCUCGCCUCGCCAUUGUGCCAAUGCGCCAGAAAGCCAAAACAACCUGAACCUGCUCAGCCCCACCCACAGAGAUGUGUCGCCCUCCUGCUCUGAGAAGCGUAGCUCCUAUAGUGGUGGGCGUAACGCCGCUGGUGGUAACAGCCAGUCUUGCUCAUUAUCAGACUCUGGACGCAAUUCCCUCUCUAGCCUGCCGCCUUACAGUGCUGCCAGCUACAACCUGCCGUCGGGGGAGGCUUCCGCUGGCCACCUAGAGCCCAUGAAGAGCGCCCCGCCAGUGACUGUACAUGGACACUCCAACUCAGACAGCGGGCGAUCCUCCUCCAGUAAGAGCACAGGCUCUGGGUCGAUAAGUGGGCGGGGGCAGCCUCUGUCUGACAGCGGGUCCGGUGGGCGUUCUCCUGGCCCUGUGGAAGGCUAUGAGGGGGUGGUAAGGGAUCUAGAGGACAAACUGAGGGAGAGAGAGCUGGAGCUGCAGCAACUCAGAGACAAUCUGGAUGAGAAUGAAGCUGCAAUAUGUCAGGUUUAUGAGGAGAAGCAGAAGCGCUUUGAGCUGGAACUGGAGGAGCUGAGGCAGGGCUGUGCCACCAGGAUGCAGGUCGCCUCUCAGAAAGCCCAGCGUGCACAGCAGGUGCUUCAGCUGCAGGUUUUCCAGCUCCAGCAGGAGAAGAAGAAACUGCAGGAGGACUUUGCUCAGCUUCUGAAGGAGAGGGAGCAGCUUGAGGAGCGCUGCACCUCAUAUGAGCAUGAGAAGAUCCAGCUCGGCCCUCGACUCGAGGAGACCAAGUGGGAGGUCUGUCAGAAGUCUGGGGAAAUCUCGUUGCUGAAGCAGCAGUUGAAGGAAGUGCAGAGUGAGUUAGCUCAGCGUGUGGGGGAGAUUGUCUCACUGCGGGGUCAACUCAGGGAGACUCGUGGCGAGCUGACCAACACCCAGGUGCUGCUCCAGGAGGCCCACGGCACCAUCCGGACUCGAACACUGGAGCUGGAGGUGUGUGAAAAUGAGCUUCAGCGUCGCAAGAGCGAAGCAGAGCUACUCAGAGAAAAGGUAGGACGCCUGGAGGGGGAAAUGGCUCAUCUCCGAGAUGCUCUGGUCAAUCAAGGCCCGGGAAACAGACAGUGUCAGGUGUUUCAGGAAGCCGAGGAGCAGCUGCUCGCCUACGAGAGCGACGAAGCGAAGGCUCAGCGGCAGAGCAACACCGAGGCGCUGCAGAGCAUGAAGGUGCAGAUGGACAGGAUGAGAUCCGAGUUAGCUUUUGAGCGUCAAAAAGCUGAGCAGCAACUGGGAAGCUUUGAGGAGGAGCGCAAGAUAUGGCAGGAGGAAAAGGACAAAGUAAUUCGCUACCAGAAGCAGCUGCAGCAGAACUAUGUGCAGAUGUAUCGCAGGAACCGAGAGCUGGAGCAGCUCCUGCAGGAGCUCAGUUUGGAACUGGAAAGCAGAGAUGAUGAUGAGGGCAGCGGCAAUGAGAUCAACUUUGAUGAAAUUGCCGCAACAGAAAUUUGACCCUCGUAUCUGUCCUUUGAUUGUGUUUCUUUUUUUUUCUUUUUUCUUUUAAAAUUUUGCACUACUGUAAGCAAAUUGUCUUUCCUCCUUCAUGUUCAGACAAGCAUAAAAGUACUUAAAAUGUAAAAAAAAAAAAAAAAAAGGUGGUGUGUCACACCUGCACUGCUUGAUUUCUGCUUCAUUGGUCUGGUCUACAAGUCUCACUUUAAAGCCACUGACCUUUAAUUAGUUGUUAGCCCUCCACCUCAAUCCUUUGCCCUUCUAUUAAUGUCUGUUAGUAUUAACACCGACCAGAUAUAAGCAUACGAGCCCUGGUCCUCUCACGCUUUUCAAAGUUGGUGGGAGAUUUUGUUUGUGGGUGACUCACUUCUCUCAUUCUCUCAACCUUUCGCUAUCCUCCCCCUGUGUUGGUUAUGACUCCACCUUCCCUGCUGGCUUUAGCACUCCCACUCUGUGUUAGUAGUCAGCUCUCAUUAGUGCAGUUCAUUUAGACGGAGCCCACGCUGUUGUCAGUGAUUGUGGGAUACCACACAAUCAGGAUGUCAUGAUAAGAGUGAGUGAAUCAGAGCCUGGUGCUAAUCGCUGACAGGUCUAUCUUGUUGUUUUCCUCAGAACUAGUCAAGCUUUUAUGCUAACUGUUCAUGACCAACAAGUAAACUGUUGAUCGUUCUCUACUUAUUUUCACUGUAGCAACAAAAAACAAAACCCUAGUUUUUUUUGUUGCCCAAAUAUGUUGUUUCUGGACAUGUAAUGAUCUUGGAAAACAAACUUAAGGCUUCUUAAAAAUGCACUCUGAUAGUUUGGAAAUACAAAGUGGACUAUUAGUCUUUAUUUAUUUUAUUUUUUUCAUAUUUAUACUAUUACAAGGUGGAUGCUCAUAUUAAAAAUGGCCAAUUAAAAAAAAAUCUAAAAAAAAUUAGGUCAGCAUUUGAGCAAUUAAUCCCUUUGAGCCAAAAGCUCUGGCUUUUUAAAGUGCAUGUCCUUAAUAUAGUCAUAUCUGGCACACAUCAGCCCCAGCCACCUACUGUUCACACCUUCUGUUAGCGGUGGGCAGCCAAUCAAAAGAUUGCUUAGAGCUGCCUUAAGGCCCAGUAUGAGAUAUUUGACAAGUAUAACCCCAGGAUUUACACUCGGUACAGCUGGAGCUGAUUGCAUCCACUUAAGACAAUGCUUGUAGUUUCACCAUGUUGCGUUCUGGUGUGAUUUGAAGGUUCGCAAGGAAUGGCAAAAAAUUGUCAGAAGGGCAGAGACGGAGACAUUCAACCAGUGUACUCCCCAGAGCUCGUAAUGUGCACAAUAGGUUCCCCUUUAUCCCUAAAUUAAUGGAGAGGGUGGAAGCUGUGUCAUGAACAUCUGUCUAGUCUUAAUUCACAGUAUUUGACAAUGCCUGGAACAAAUAUUACUUUAACACCACUACAUGUAUCAGCUUUAAGCUCGCACAGACACAAACAUCUGUGCCACGGUUAUCUCAAGAUUGGAUUAAAUAACUCUCCCGGAGAGUAGCAGCAGAACAUGAGGAUAAAAUCUUCCAAAACCUUAACAGGACAGUAACUUCAUGAUAUCAUUGCUUUAAAGAUGAUAUUUACCAAAAAACAUUAAUGUCCCAAAUCACUUCCUGUUUACUGUUCGAUUUAUAGUUUUUCUGCACCAUACAGUGGCUUUAAUUUCCAGAUACGGAACAAAAACGAUCUCCAUGUCAUGUUUACUUCUUUCUGUUACCAGUGCUGUAGUACAGUCAGUCACAUCUUAUUCAAAUCUACGCUAAAAAGUGUGCUCACUCUUAGUAAAAUGCUGAGUAUGUGUUUUACGGGUGAGAAAUAGCCCAGGACUCUGAAACUGAAGCAGCAAAAUGGAGAUUAGCCAUGAUUUAUUUACUUAUGUACACCUGUGCAUAAUUGUCUUGCUGUUUUUGCAAAAGCUAGACUGUCUUCAUUUUGUUAGUGUUUGGUGGAAACACAGUUACCUUCUCCCUUAAGUUUAGGAUCAAACUAUUUUGGCUUUAAAGAAAUAUGACAUCAGGACAAUAUGGAUGAUAAUUUUGUCUGGUAAUAAAUCAAGCGCACCCCUGUCCUUUACAGCAGUGCAACUUCACUUCUAUCCUAAAACCGAAAACAAAUUCACCAUUCAGUUCAGCUUGAACUAAAUGGAGAGAGACAAACAAGAGUCUUUGGUCAACAAGCUCUAACUCCAGAACAUGUUUGAAGUGAAAGGAUCAUCAGUGUUUGCCUGCAAACAGGAUCUCUGAGGGUUUCUCAUCUGGUCCUCUUUCAGUGAUGGUUAACCGGAUGUUUGCUGGUUAUCUGCUACUGCUCUCCCUCUGGUCCAAAGAGGAGCAGCAGUUUUUGUUCAACUUAAAAUGCACCAACUAGCCUGAAGGUCAAGGAAAUCCCAUGUGAAAAGCCCCCUUUUUUUUAGGUUUAGCAAAUUCACGGUUUUAAAUCAUCAAUAAUCAUGUUAAAUAAUCAGGAUUGCAAGAUUUUUGUCCAAAAUUAUCAUGAUUGUGGCUUUUGCCUAAAUCGAGCAGCCUUAUUUUGUGGUUUGUGGACCUGCUGAUGAGCAUGCAGAAGUAAAUAAGGGAGAGGUUGACAGUGUUGGGAAUUAGAUGCAGUGUUUUGGAUCUCCUCAAACAUCCAGAUAUUAAAGGGAAAUCAUAAUGCCUAAUUUCUUAUAUCACACAGUAUAUUGUGACUGUUUUUCCCCUUUAUCAUUGUUUUGUUUUUUAAUCAUAAUUGGAGAAACUACUCUCAAAGAGGUCGUCGUUUUUCUGUGUGGAUAAAGUGUUAUGAACGUUUCCGUAUUACUCAUCGCUGAAAUGGCGAGCUCUUGUACCAAGUGAUGUUUUCGUUUACAGUCAAACUAAUUUUCCACCGACUGCUUGAAUCUGUUUAUUUACGCCCCUGUACCACAGGAGGAGACACGUCCUGUUCCUCUCUCACUGCUGAGUGAAUCAUUAUUAUCCUCCAUUAUUAUGUAAAUAAACCUCACUUGUCCAUAAUAUGAUAAAGUUUUCUUCCAGAGAUGUGUUCAUCUCACAAUAAAAGCAUAGCCACUGUGAAUAGACCAAAGCAAUGUCCCACGUUCUAUAUUUUGCUCCUACAGAUAUGAUGCCUGUAUAUAACUGUUUGUGUAGAUGUUUGUUUUGGUUCCUCAGUAUAAUUUUAUAAUCCACAAUAUUUGUAUGAAAACAUUAAAUGUAUAUUUUCAUGCUGUACAUUUCUUGAACAAACCCACUCUGGUUUUAAUAAUAAAAAAAGAGACAAAAGUUUAA